UGAUCCAGGUAGAGGUUGGCACUAUCACUGUCAUUGUGGUCUCCUUUGUGUGCCUGUUUCUAUGUAUGUUGGGGCUCCUAAUACAAAUUGAUUGUGUGAUGGUGUGCAUGGUGUACAACUCUCACCUGAAUACUGCCCUGCACUUGUGGUAAAAGUGUGUUCACAAUGGAUAUUCACCUGGUCGAGGCACCAUAGUACGGUUUAGAACUGAUGGAAUGUGUUUGUCUUCGAGGUAAUCCAGCUGUGCUUGAGUGGGAGCUACUGACAUGUUGAUACGGAAAACCCCCUAGGCGCUGCUCAUCCAACAAGAUUCACCAUGAAGCCAUGCUGGAAGAAAGAACGGCCCCCGGAAAUUGAAAGAAGAAUAAAAGCCAAUGACACAGAAUACAAUGCUCAAUUUGAAUAUGCAAACAACUACAUUUCCACGUCCAAGUACAAUGUGCUUACAUUCCUGCCCAAGAACCUGUUCGAGCAGUUCCAGCGCCUGGCCAACGCCUACUUCCUGGGUCUGCUUAUCAUGCAGUUUAUUCCAGCUGUAACAUCACUUAGUCCUGUGACCACCAUCAUUCCAUUGGUGUUCGUGCUCACGGUGUCGGCCAUCAAGGAUGCAAUCGAUGAUUUCAAACGUCAUCGGAGCGAUGCACAGGUAAACAACAGGAAGUCAGAUGUAUUGCGAGAUGGCAAAAUCGUAUCGGCACGAUGGCACACCGUUGUUGUGGGCGACAUCAUACGACUCAGAAACAAUGACUUUGUUGCUGCUGACUUCAUGCUGCUGUCCACCAGUGAACCCAACAGUUUAUGCUACAUUGAGACUGCCGAGUUGGAUGGGGAGACCAAUCUUAAGGUGAAACAGGCCUUGCCAGAGACUGCGGUCAUUGGAGACGAUCAUCCAAAGAUGUCACAGUUUAAUGCGGAGAUAAUCUGUGAAGCUCCGAACAUCCGCCUGAGCAAGUUUGAGGGCAAGUUGACGUGGAAGGGAGAGACCUACUCCCUGGACAACGACAAGGUGGUGCUGAGGGGAUGUGUCUUGCGGAACACCCAGUGGUGCUACGGACUCGUCGUCUUCGCCGGACAUGACUCAAAGCUCAUGAUGAACAGCGGCAAGACAGUGUUCAAGAGAACCCACAUCGACCGACUCAUGAAUAUCCUCAUUGUUGGAAUAUUCCUGUUCCUCUUGACCAUGUGCCUCGUGACCACCAUUGCUUGUGGUGUCUGGGAGAGCGUGGUCGGCUUUGACUUCCAAUUGUAUCUGCCAUGGGAGACCUUUGUGAAUGACGACAAGGAGCAGGGUGCUGCAACAAUUGCUGUGCUGGUGUUUCUAUCUUACCUCAUCAUCCUCAACACUGUCGUACCCAUCUCCCUGUAUGUCAGUGUGGAGAUAAUCCGGCUAGUCAACAGCUUGUGGAUCAACUGGGAUGUCAAGAUGUACUUUGACAAGAAGGACACCCCUGCCAAAGCUCGGACCACAACCCUUAAUGAGGAGCUAGGACAGAUUGAAUACAUUUUUUCUGACAAGACAGGAACUCUCACACAGAACAUCAUGACAUUCAACAAGGCAUCUAUAGGUGGGAAAUCUUACGGAGACCCGCUGGACAACGAAGGCAACCCUCAGGACAUCACAGAGAGAACUCCCAAAGUAGAUUUCAGUGGGAAUGAAUAUGCAGAGAAGUCAUUUGAUUUUUACGACUCGCGUCUGCUGGAGCACACCAAGGGAGGCAACCACCAGGUGGAGGAGUUCUUCAGACUGCUGAGUCUGUGUCAUACAGUCAUGCCGGAGACCAAGGAGAGUGGUAACCUGGAGUACCAGGCUCAGUCCCCUGAUGAAGGUGCUCUGGUGUCAGCUGCACGGAAUUUUGGUUAUGUCUUCAAGUCUCGGACACCAAACACCAUCACAAUAGAAGUCCAGGGCAAACAGGAAGUGUACGAUCUGCUGUGCAUUCUGGACUUCAACAACUUCCGUAAGAGGAUGUCGGUGAUCGUGAAGAAGGACGGUGUCAUCACGCUGUACUGUAAGGGGGCUGACUCAGUCAUAUUCGAGCGUUUGGACAGAUCCUGUGCUGAACUGAAGGAAAUUACUUCACACCACCUUAAUGAGUUUGCUCAGAUAGGUCUGAGGACGCUGUGCUGUGCAUCCAAGGUCAUCGACGAAAACUUUUAUGUGGAAUGGAGGAAGAAAUAUCAUGAAGCCAGUACAACCUUGGACAACAGAGAUGACAAGAUGGAUGAUGUAUUCGAGGAGAUUGAGCAGAACCUGUGUCUCAUUGGUGCCUCGGCCAUUGAGGAUAAACUACAGGACGGUGUGCCAGAGACCAUUGCCAACCUGGCCUUGGCUGGCAUCAAGAUCUGGGUCCUCACUGGAGACAAACAGGAGACGGCCAUCAAUAUUGGUUACUCUUGCCGCCUGUUGACGGAGGAGAUGGAGGAGCCAUUCAUCAUUGAUGCCGACUCCUUCGAGGAGGUGGAAGCCCAGCUGCGGAAGGCCCUGGAAGACAUUGACAAGAUGAAGACCGGCAAGCCAAACGACGGAGUCAUCAUCGCCAACGGCCAGGGAGCCCACUAUAACGGAGCCAAUGGAAAUGUUGCCAUCUCGGAUGAAUAUGGGGAAUUUGCAGUGGUCAUAAAUGGUCACAGUCUGGCGUAUGCCCUAAAGCCGGAGCUGGAGAGGUUGCUGCUGGACCUGGGGUCAAGCUGCAAGGCCGUCAUCUGCUGCAGGGUCACGCCGCUCCAGAAGGCCCUCGUGGUCGACCUGGUCAAGAAACACAAGAAAUCAGUGACGCUUGCAAUAGGAGAUGGGGCUAAUGAUGUCAGCAUGAUCAAAAUGGCACACAUCGGUGUCGGCAUCAGUGGUCAAGAGGGCAUGCAGGCCGUGUUGGCCAGUGAUUUCUCCAUGGCUCAGUUCCGCUACUUGGAAAGGUUGCUGCUCGUCCAUGGCCGUUGGUCCUACCUCAGAAUGUGCAAAUUUCUGCGAUAUUUCUUUUACAAAAACUUUGCAUUCACAUUGUGCCAUUUCUGGUAUGCCUUCUUUUGUGGCUUCUCCGCUCAGACGUUGUACGACCCCUACUUCAUUUCCUUGUACAACUUGUUCUACACAUCGCUCCCCAUCCUGGUCCUCGGUAUCUUCGACCAGGAUGUGAAUGACGACUACUCCAUCCGCUACCCGAAGCUGUACGCCCCGGGGCUGAAAGACGCACUCUUCAACAAGAAGACAUUUAUGUACAGUACCCUGGAAGGCAUCAUUACCUCCCUUGUGUUGUUCUUUAUACCAUAUGGUGCCUUCAACUACGCCAUCGGUCCAGAUGGCAAGUCAGAAGUGGACCAGCAGUCCUUCGGCUGUGUCGUGUCCUCCAUCCUCGUCGUUGCUGUCAAUGUCAGGUGUGCACUUGACACUUCGUACUGGACCGGGUUCAACCACUUCGUGGUAUGGGGCAGCAUCAUCUACUAUUUCUGCUUCAUCCUCGCCUUCUACUCCGAAGGCAUCAACUACUCAUAUGUGGGUGUGGCCUUCGAGGUGUUCUCCUCCGCCCAGUUCUGGUUCAGCCUCCUUCUGACUUGUACAGUGCUCAUAGUGCCUGUCGUGGCCUACCGGUUCUACCAGACGAACAUUACUCCAUCCCUUGCUGAUAGGGUGCGGCUACGACAGCGAAUCAAGAAGGUUAAGUCACGAUCACGUGACCUUCAUGUGCGAAGACAAUCCACAAUGCGUCGAAGCACAAGGUCACUACGGUCAGGCUAUGCGUUUGCUCACCAAGAGGGCUUUGGCAAUCUUAUUACCAGUGGUAUAAACAUGCGAGAACGGGCUAUAGAGCGGAAAAAGGAACCAGUCACGCUAACAAAGAUAACUCGCCAUGACAGUCAUAAGGCUGCUGGAGCCUCUGGAAAUGGAGUAUCUGAUAACAUUAUCUUCGUGGAAAGGUUGUGAUAUCCUUCAUGACAAGAACAAUAUUUUUAGAUGACAUUUGCCUUGAUGUAUAUAUUUGACUGUGCACUGGUUAAUUGAUAAUGAUUGGUUCUUGGAGUUGGUGCUUCAUGUAAGACAUAUGUUGGAAUUAUAUAUAUAUAUGCAGGAGUAGUUGUCUCCCUUUGGCUCCCACUCCAAAAGACGACUAUAUAUGGGUGAUUAAGGAGGAUUAAAUUGACAAACUCAAUAACAUUCAUCAAUAUUUUUUACCUACAUUUUACGAUAGACGUUAUCAAUGUAUUUUUCCUGUUCAUGACCACAUUAAUAGUUCUGCAGAGAAUUGAAGGGAGAUAACUCUGGAAACUUAUAUGUUCAAGGACCAACCACAUUUUAGUAUAUGACGAUGACGUAUGAAGCAGCUGGUUCAUUUUGAGACGCAGUGUUGACAGUGAUGGAUGGAUACAUUCAUCACCUGUCUGCAAGUGAUACUGUGAAAUGUGCACAGACGAAACCCAGGGUUUAUUCACAAGCAGUGCAUAAUGACACAGUGUACAUAUCAUACUCUUUACAUAUGUCAAUAGCAGAGAGAUGUAUUUAAUUGUAAAUAAUAUAAUUUUACCAAAACAUAAUGUUGAUCAUAAUCAUUUUUAUGUAUGAUCUGGUUUCAAACCACAUGAUGUUUCAAUGAUGUUUUCUCAUGUACCACAUGAAAUCAGUGAUAAUGUUAAAUUUGUUGAAAAUAAACGAAAGCAAGCUAUGGUUGCUUAAUGUUAGAGAAUAAAUUGCACUCUAAGUGUUUUCGAAAAUAUAGAUGCUUAAAGGCAGCAGCAAUCUUAUAUGACAUGUAAGUGUUGGUGAUUGUAUUCCUUGUGGCUGUUGAAAUGUUUAAGUUGUGUAUUCAAGUUUUUGCUGUCUGCUGAGCGUCUCCAUCUUCUUCACUCCAGAUUCCAUCAAUUUCCAUCGGACGUUAUGUCCAAGCACUCCAUCAGUAAGGCAUAUAAUGUGUGUAUGAUUAUGCCAAAAUAAUGUUCUACUUCUAAUGCAUAUUAUUGUUAUAUGUUUUUGUAUUCCGGAUGUAACUGGAAACUAUUGGCUUUUAACAAUUUGAUAAUCCUUCAGUUUUGGUGUUAACAUGCAUACUCAACCGAAAUGCUGCUUCUGUUACACUUUCUUUGGAGGGCGGAUCUUAAAUUUUGAAAAAUGUGAAGUAAAAUAAAAAUCAGAUACUUUUUAGGGGUAUUUUUGUAAUCCCCAAGAGAACAGGUAUGAACUGACUGAACCCCCCCCCCCCCCCCCGAAUCCACCUGUAGAUACACCUGUUGACUCGGCUUGCGUUAGACAAGAUGGCUGCACAAGAUGGUGGCCAGUUUCAAUAAUGCCCUCACACAGUUGCUGUGUUCUGUGUAACCUUGAGUCUGUGUCUAAACAUAGUGAGGGUCAUCAUUUAGGUACUUAUAUUCCGAGUACAUCAAACUGACCUGGCUCAAGGCUGCCUCCUGACCUGAAACCAGCCAUCGUUUGUCAAACUGACCACUACAUGAUCAAACAGAGGUACUGUUAAAAGCUGCAUGGAAAACAACUAUCAUCUUCAUAAAUCUCAUUCAAAAUGCUUUCUCUGAAGACCAUACCAUUUGCAGGAUUUCAGGAACUUGUUAUCUUCUAGUACUUGAAAUUGUCAAUAAAAGCUAAGUAAAGAUAGAAAAAUGGAUGGUUAAUUGAUUAUUGAUAAACUGAGCUAGAAUGUAGGCAGUAGGUAACUUAGAUGCAGAGUGGCAGUAUUAUUAUGUGGAGAACCGGCAUCUACCAUUGUAAUAGCUGGUAGUCUGAUAUAUACUUCUAAAAAAGGUUAAGGACUCCCCGAUUCUUUCAUAUUACUAUAGUUCAUCUGUCAUGGGAUUGGGUGGUCCUUAACUUGUUUUAAAAGUAUUGAACAGUACCGGUAAUCAGUACUCAACUGUGUGGACAUGUAUAUUAUGAACAAUCACAUCACUUGCACAAUGCAUUUGAUUUUUAACUAGGUGUUUAACAUUUAGCAACUGUGUAAUUGUCAUAAUGUGCUAUUCAGUUGUUAACAACUGGAUAUUUUUUUAGGCUUGAUCUCUUCAGAAUGCAACUAAUUUUUUUAAUAAUCAUUUCUGUAUGUUUGAGAGAAACAAAUUCAUAUUUUCUUUAUUCCUUGCAUAUCACAGGAGCAGUGAUAGCUUCAGUUCACAUCCGAGUGUUACUAAGAAGUGUUGAUUGCCAUGGCUACGAAGAAAACUUUUAUAGUUGUAAUAUAACACUUGCUUUUGGAAACAAACCAGCUACCUAUGAUAAACAUUUCUCAAAAAAUAUCAACAUAUCUUUUAUUGUUUUUUUGUGUGUAAAUGUUUCCUUAUUUUAUAACAGUGUGAAAUUUGCUUUGAAUAUUGUUGUUGAGAGUGACCUCCCCUUAUCUACAAUGUCAAUUUAGUUUUUUAGUUAUUUUGUAACGUGUUGUACUAGGGUUUGGGUCAAGACUUGUUGCCAAGCACCCACACCACUGUUAGGUCACCUAAUAUAUAGCAACUAUAUACACGUUUAAUGUCCGAGUAAGAUGAUGGCAAGUUAAUAAUGAAGCAUUAAAAUGUUUUGUGGCAAGAGUCUAAAAAGACCUACACACCCCAAAAAUUCAAACAAAUGUUGACGGUAUGACCCUGUGGCUAACAUUAUUCAUUUCACCGUGUCUGGGUAGGUCACAGUCUAACCAGGAUGUCGGACCUCUUGUUCCCCGACCGCCCAUAACCCUGAUGUAUCAGUGAAUUCUUCUACACUUGAUAAGUGCCAAAUCACUAUGACUUAACAUGAAUGUUAAUAUUGCCUAGGAUUGUGAAUAAAACAGAAAAUAACAAUCCUUUUUUUUAUAAAAAAAUUGUUUUUUCGUGAGUUGCAUUUUUUUAAAUUGGGGAAAGAAAUACAAUAUAAAUUGAUAGAUUUAUUUUAAUUAUUUGUUUUUUCUGCAUCAUUGUGGAAGCUGAGGUGUAACUUUGUCAAUGUGUUUAUUUCAUGUAUUCACUUAGCUUCCUACUUUCAUUGAACUAUGUAAGGGACUAUUGUUUUUGUUUAAUGCUGGAAGCAUCUUAUAGGAUUUCAAAUGAACUUUUGCAAAGUUUUAUAAAAUUUCUGGGAAUGUUGUUUUCUAUUUCAUUCACAUCCAUAUUUGUACAUAUAUUGUCAUGACUUUACAGGCGAGAGCUACAAGGUAGUCACAUGUUUAUGUGUGUAUACCGGUGUAUCACUGUGGGUUAUCAUGGAUUUUAUGUUUAUGUGUGUAUAUAUCACUGUGGGCAGUCUUGUAGUUGUAUGUGUGAUGUGUCAAUACACCACUGUGGGUUGUCACGGAAUGUAAUCCACGUCACUUCUCCCAGUAGAAACAGGAAGCGUAGUCUAUGUGCAUAAUGACUUGGAUAUAUGACUCCAUUGUGUGGUAAUAGUAUUCACACGUUACAGUAGGCCUCUGAAGGAUUCUUCAUGCUCAUAUCAGUGGUCCUUAGCUGAUACUUCAUAUUUGUUUCAUAAGAAAACCUCGGACAUUAUUUGUGCUAAUCAGCAGUUAUAAGUUGGCAAAAAUCACACAUAAUUUGAAUAUCUUAUACUAUCCAUGUCUUGAGAGCAAUAUGAAUUAUAUUUUAUAAAUUGAACUGAGGUAAAUCAGAGGACAUAUAUCGGUAUAUGGUCACUGGGUAAAUUAUUAAAAAAUGUUUCCGUUAAUUCUUUGAAAGUUACCAAUCUUUAUCAUGCUUGAGAAUAUUUGAAGACAUCAUUCAUGCUGUCACCAAUCGCACCUGUUGGCGUACAUUUCAUUGAAGGAAAUAGAAGAUAUAACAGCCAUUUCUACAAGAUGAAUUAUCAUUUGAAUUCAGUUUAAAUGUACAUUUACUGUACAUAGAUUUGUUGUUCUGUACAUAGAUAUUGGGAACGCCAUCUUUCAACAAGGAAUGUUUAAGCGUUGAUCUAUGUACAUUGUGAAGCUAGACCGAUCCAGGUCAUGUUACACGUAUCCAGUGAUUGUGUUGAUUUCAAAUGAUUCAUAUGCAAAUUAUAUGUACUAUUUACACACUGUUAUCAUAUUGAUGAAACUAUUUUUAAACUAUUUUGUCAUCCUCAGUGUGAUACAGAAUAUGUAAAUAUUUUCAUGUGAAUUAAGAAAUGUGUUGCCAUGGCUGCAUCGUUUCCAUGGUGACCUAUAUAAAUAUAUAUAUAUUUUGUUUGUAUAUUAUACACCCUUGUUUCUUUCAGCCAACUCUAAACGUCCUAUUCCAACUGAAGCCUGUUCUUGUAAACACUCUUAAGGGGUAUGUUUGCACGAAUAAAUAGUCAUAAUAAUUCCAAUGACUGAAUGCAACUAAAUCAUCAUGUGAUUUUGAAAUACUAAGUGCAAUUUUGGUGCAGCUGGAAAUUUCGUGGUGUAUAUGUUGUGCUGAUGUAAGAAGUAAGAAUUUUGUGAAUAGUAUUUCUAGUAUGUCAUAAUAAGGAGAAUGACUUUUUGAACAUGGUGAUACAUAAUAAGGACAACAUUUAUUGUAGAGAUGUGAUGGUUGCCUGUCAAUUGUUGAACUGCUUACAAGGGCCUUGGUUUGGCUGAACAUGUGCUUGAUAAGCAGACACACGUACUCUUGCCACAGAGUGGUGUGAACAUUGACGUCUGUCUGUCUGUGUGUGUUACUCUGUGACAACUGAACUUGCUCCCUUUGUGUUCACAGUAUAAAUAUUCUCUAUAUCAUGCUAUGUUUAUGGAGCAUUGCGCAUUCUUUUGUAAUGAUUAACACCUUUGCUUAUCAGUUUGACCUUCAGCAAAUGCAUAUCUCCCUGAUGCCUACCCCUAGUCAGAUGUCCUAGACAUAAGAAUAGCACAUGAACUGACUACCUGACAAGUAAUUCUACCUCCACAACCCUGUAAUCUGGAACUUUACCCUAACUUUAUGAUUGACCUUUACCUUAACCACUGACCUUGGCUCGAACACUAUCACUAACCUUGACAUUACCAUUAAUCUCAUUGCUGACCUUGGCUCGAACACUAUCACUAACCUUGACCCUUACCAUUAAUUUCAUCACUGACCUUGACCCUUACACUAAGACUCAACCCUGACCUUUACUUCAACUGAAACUGACCCUGAUUCUAUCUCCACUUCUGAAGUGAACAUUAGUCAAGCCAAAUCCUGCUCCUCACCUCUCUGCUAACUCAUCCAUACAUUGAGUGACAAUUACGACUACACACACGCCAUCACCCCGACUCCUCCAUCCUCAUGUGGGAUAUGUACUUCGUAUCUACGUGGUGAGUUCUGGUUAUUUCCAUUGAAGAUGUAUGCAGCUAUCAUAACUAGGUUCAUCACACUUGAGGUGCAAGUCUACAAGUAGCAUAUACUGAAAAUUGUGUGCUCACUACAAAAGAAUUUCCAAAAAUCUAUUCACGAUCCCUAGCAUUUUUUCGUUCAGUAUAUAUACAUACCAGAGGCCGUCCUUUUUUGGCAUGGUGUACACCCUCGCCUGUCUGUCAUUGCUAGUUAUCAGUCACCACGAACACCAUCCUAUUUCAUAGAUAGCAGAACUCACAUCCAAUAUUCUUGUUCAGGUUACAGAAGGUCAAGCUGGUUGCUGUGAAUACACAAUGCCAUUUAGAAAGUGGUCAGAUGUAACAAAUGUUAUAUUUGGGAUAACACUUUCUUAGUAAAGUACAGAUUCUCGUACUUUUUUGGGGUUGAGUCCAGUCUGGGAUUCGAUCCCACACUUGCCAGAGUGAGGCACCUAAUCGCCAGCACACAAAGUCAGCGAUCUAACCCACUCAGCCACUGAGGCUUCCACAAAAAUGAAAGUCCGACAACUGGUAGUCUAGAUCACGUACUUUGAGUACCCCUCUGACAAGUGUAAAUUGGCACGCUAUGAAUACACAAUGCCUGAGAAUACAAAAGUACGAGAAUCUGUACUUUACUAAGAAAGUGUUAUCCCAAAUAUAACAUUUUUACAAGCUGGUUGCUCUAGUCAUGGAAAAGGGGCCAUCCAUUUAAAUAGCAGAUAUGACUAAGUAGUGAAUAUGACCAACAACAUUGACCAGUAAACAUUUGUCUACCCAUAUGUCUAAGUAGCAAAUAUGUCCCAGUACUGAUAAUAAUCAGUUAUGAUAAUAUGGACCUUUGAGCAGCUAUCUGUUAGCUACUAGGAAUCAACAAUGAUAAAGACAUGCCUUGUCCUGUAUAUGCCCUCAUCUUAGUAUCCUGUCACCGUCUACCAGACACCCAUAAUCUGUGUGAGACACAGCGGAGAAACCACACAUGAUGAUACUGAGGGUACAGGUAGAGGUCAUCUGCAUGUGGUCCCUGGUACAGGGAGAGGCCAUCUGCAUGUGGUCCCUGGUACAGGGAGAGGUCAUAUGCAUCUGGUCCCUGGUACAGGGAGAGGUCAUCUACAUGUGGUCCCUGGUACAGGGAGAGGUCAUAUGCAUCUGGUCCCUGGUACAGGGAGAGGUCAUCUACAUGUGGUCCCUGGUACAGGGAGAGGUCAUAUGCAUCUGGUCCCUGGUACAGGGAGAGGUCAUCUGCAUGUGGUCCCUGGUACAGGGAGAGGUCAUAUGCAUCUGGUCCCUGGUAUAGGGAGAGGUCAUCUGCAUGUGGUCCCUGGUACAGGGAGAGGUCAUAUGCAUCUGGUCCCUGGUACAGGGAGAGGUCAUCUGCAUGUGGUCCCUGGUACAGGGAGAGGUCAUCUGCAUGUGGUCCCUGGUACAGGGAGAGGUCAUCUACAUGUGGUCCCUGGUACAGGGAGAGGUCAUCUACAUGUGGUCCCUGGUACAGGGAGAGGUCAUCUACAUGUGGUCCCUGGUACAGGGAGAGGUCAUAUGCAUCUGGUCCCUGGUACAGGGAGAGGUCAUCUACAUGUGGUCCCUAGUACAGGGAGAGGUCAUCUGCAUGUGGUCCCUGGUACAGGGAGAGGUCAUAUGCAUCUGGUCCCUGGUACAGGGAGAGGUCAUCUACAUGUGGUCCCUGGUACAGGGAGAGGUCAUCUACAUGUGGUCCCUGGUACAGGGAGAGGUCAUCUGCAUGUGGUCCCCGGUACAGGGAGAGGUCAUCUGCAUGUGGUCCCUGGUACAGGGAGAGGUCAUCUGCAUGUGGUCCCUGGUACAGGGAGAGGCCAUCUGCAUGUGGUCCCUGGUACAGGGAGAGGUCAUCUACAUGUGGUCCCUGGUACAGGGAGAGGUCAUCUACAUGUGGUCCCUGGUACAGGGAGAGGUCAUCUACAUGUGUUCCCUGGUACAGGGAGAGGCCAUUGGUGGGCCCGCUCACUACAGUACAGCAAGAUAUCUAUGUUUCUUUUCACUUUCUUGUUAAUCAGUUUGUUCUCAUACAUCGGAUGUCAAUAAAUUGUACUGUCAGUGACGUUUGUGUAAAUUAUUUGAUGAAAUUAUGCAUAUAACAUUUUGUUACAUUGCUAUGCUCUUUUAUGUUUUUUUAGUGUUUUUUUAAUUGUGCACAAAGUCAUAUCAUUUCUUCCAUUUGUUUCCUAGUUGUUUUGUUCGGGGAAACAAUUUCAAUUGUUUUGUUAUCCAUCUGUUUAUGUUGCCAUGGGACCAAGAUUUGUUAGGUGUUUUCACAUGGUAAAGAGGCUUUAUUUGAAAUAUUCCACACUUUUUUUAAUGUAAAAGCUUCGACUUAACAAAUUAUGUUGAAAACUCUGAAUUUAAUUUCAAUAUUAUUUUCAAGCUUUAAGCAUGAAAAUAAUGUAACAGGGACUAAAUGGAGUUGUUUUACGAACAUGUAAUGUUUUAUGUUUCUUGGGUUAAGCCCCUUUUUCUAAUAUCAUGGUCGGUAUUUUAUGCCGACAGUGAAGUCCCACAUUCUGUACCCAACAUGCAAUGUCAUCCUGACCAACACUGACGAGUAGCUCUGUCAUGGAAGAAAAUGCCUGUUCUUGAGAGUAGUUUAUCACUUCUGUUAUAUGUCCUUGACUCAGCAUCAGCCCUGUGGGUUCCUUGUUAGAACAGGUCCCCAGCAACCUAUACUUGUCAUAAGAGGUGACUAAGGGAUCAGGCGGUUGAUGUGGUAGAUUGUGUGUCAUCAUGCCUCCACGUUGGGCCUUGCUCAUAACAUCGAUCUCUGGUUUGUCUGGUCAGACCUAGUUUAGUUAUUCAUAGGCUGCUCUGAUAUUGCUGAUAUAUUUCUGACUGUGGCAUUUGUCCUCAAGUAAACCCAAUGCAUAAUCACCAUCCAGGGCUUGUAAGAAAACUGCAUGUCAGCAAUACAGAGUUGGGGCAAAUGGGAUGAUCGUGGUCAUCGUUGGUAUCCUUGAUGGCUGAGGGGUGGCCAAGCAGAUCAAGUUGACUUCCUUCAACUUGGAUGUACUUGGGAAAAGAACCAAUUGAUGACCAUGACUGUGGCUUGGAGUGACACCCUCACUAUCGACCAUUGGUUUGCCAGACAGGUUGCCAUGUUAGGUUAACAUAGGUCCGACUGCAGUGACCUACAUUCACUGGUAUGCAACUUGUCUGCAUUUUAUAGUUAAGGACUGGAACUGCUUAUAUUUGUCCGUUCUUGUUAAGUUGUCUGGAGAAUAUCAUAUUAGGGGCAUGUACUUUGUAUGUUCUGGCACUGUUGGGAUCAAAUUGGGGGCGUGUACUUUGUAUGUUCUGGCACUGUUGGGAUCUUAUUGGGGGCAUGUACUUUGUAUGUUCCGGCACUGUUGGGAUAAAGUUAGGGGCGUGUACUUUGUAUGUUCUUGCACUGUUGGGAUCUUAUUGGGGGCAUGUACUUUGUAUGUUCCGGCACUGUUGGGAUAAAGUUAGGGGCGUGUACUUUGUAUGUUCUGGCACUGUUGGGAUCAUAUUGGGGGCAUGUACUUUGUAUGUUCCGGCACUGUUGGGAUCAUAUUGGGGGCGUGUACUUUGUAUGUUCCGGCAGUGAGAGGCUCAUAUUGAGGACGUGUACUUUGAAUGUUCCGGCAGUGUGAGGAUCGUAUUGAGGACGUGUACUUUGUGUGUUCCGGCAGUGAGAGGAUCAUAUUGAGGACAUGUACUUUGUAUGUUCCGGCAGUGUGAGGAUCUUAUUGAGGACAUGUACUUUGUGUGUUCCGGCAGUGUGAGGAUCAUAUUGAGGACAUGUACUUUGUAUGUUCCCGCAGUGUGAGGAUCAUAUUGAGGACAUGUACUUUGUGCGUUCCGGCAGUGUGAGGAUCAUAUUGAGGACAUGUACUUUGUAUGUUCCCGCAGUGUGAGGAUCAUAUUGAGGACAUGUACUUUGUAUGUUCCCGCAGUGUGAGGAUCAUAUUGAGGACAUGUACUUUGUACGUUCCGUCAGUGUGAGGAUCAUAUUGAGGACGUGUACUUUGUAUGUUCCGGCAGUGAGAGGAUCAUAUUGAGGACGUGUACUUUGUAUGUUCCGGCAGUGUGAGGAUAAUAUUGAGGACGUGUACUUUGUAUGUUCCGGAAGUGAGAGGAUCAUAUUGAGGACGUGUACUUUGUACGUUCCGGCAGUGUGAGGAUCAUAUUGAGGACGUGUACUUUGUAUGUUCCGGAAGUGAGAGGAUCAUAUUGAGGACGUGUACUUUGUAUGUUCCGGCAGUGAGAGGAUCAUAUUGAGGACGUGUACUUUGUACGUUCCGGCAGUGAGAGGAUCAUAUUGAGGACGUGUACUUUGUACGUUCCGGCACUGUGAGGAUCAUAUGAGAGGUGUGUUUAUUCCGGGACUUGAGGAUCAUAUCAGGUGUGAGGAUCAUAUUUGGGGGUUUGUACAUUCUGGCACUGUGAGGGUCAUAUUUAGUGUGUACAGGAUUGUCUCUGCACUAUGAAGAUCAUAUCACGAUGUAUCAGUUGCUUGUCCUGACAGUACACUAUGUUUAUGUCCCAUCAUGCUCCUCCUGACUGCUGUUAGCCGUUUAUUGUAACAUUCUCAAAUUUACAAGUGAUUUUUUUCUGAGAUAUGGCAAUAAAAUGAAUUAUUUUCAAAA